CACAGCGCGCAGGCGCGGCCCCGGAGAGCGCAUAGGCCUACCGCGCCCCCGUGACCCCGUCACGUGACGGAAUGAGAUCGAAGCCUUGGCAGCCCUCUCAGCUGUUGGUGCCAGUGGGUUGCGGCUGUGAAGCGGGCUCCUGCCUGUCAGAGGGAAGCGAUGAAAAUUGAGGCGCAGACACCGGGCUGCCGCUGGGGGAGAGGGUGUCACUGCCUACGUAGGGGCAGUUCCCCAUUCCCCCACGGACGGGGUGCUUCUCCCCGCCGCAUUACCGCUGGGGACUGCUGCGACCUCCACAACACCACGCUCAGGGGCUGGUUUCCCGCCCGGUGCUACUCUCACAUUCACCGCUACAGAAAGACCCUGCGCCUGUAAUUCUCUCCAUAGCGGUUAGGCGCGCGCGCCGCCACCCACUUUAAAAAUCUGUCCCUUGCACGCGCGCGGGGACCGCGGCUCGCACGCUGAUUGGGCACGGGGCGCGCUCAGUUUCGAAGCGGAGAGCAGCAGGCGUGGGGCGGGGCUCACUGGUUGCCACGGGUUACGAGGCUACACAAAUCCGUGCCGGGCAGUGAGCAGGGGUCCCGGCGCUUGGGAGGUGGAGGGGCCAUUCCGUGCCUGUCCCGCGCAGCACUAUUUUGUUUAUGGCUUCACCAGAGAAAAAACAAGAUUAUCCCUUUGUAGAUAUAUUUGAUGAAGAUGAAGCUGAAAAAUCCUUUCUGUUGUCUAAACCUACAUGCUUAAUUAUCCUUGGAAAGCCAGGUACUGGGAAGAAAACAUUAGCUAAAAAAAUAGCUCAGUUAUGGAAAUGCACACUGAUCGAAGCUUUGGAAGUAAUAGAAGAAAAUAUUACUGCAGGAACAGAAUAUGGACUUAAGAUGCAGGAAUUGCUUUUUGGAGGUCAAAGUAUUCCUGAAGAACUGAUUACAAAGAUGAUUCUGAAAAAGAUUGAGUCACCAGAAGUUGUUCACUUUGGUUAUGUUCUCAGUGGAUUUCCUUCUCUCUCAGAGGAAUACAUGACUAUUUCGGAGCAAAUAGAGAAAAUUAGAAAUCUAAAAUUAAAACCAAAUUUCCUGAUUAACAUUAAGUGUCCUGACUAUGAUUUGUGCCAAAGACUCUCUGGGCAAAGACAGCAUCCUGAUGCAGGGCAGAUAUACCAGAAGAACCAGUGGGAUCCUGAAAUUCUUGAUAAACGGAAGAAAAAGAAGGAUCAACAUAGAGGAGAAGAUGAGGAAGAGGAAGAGGAGGAAGAGCAGGAAGAAGAAGAUGAGGCAGCAGCAGAUACAAUCAUGUCAGAUAUUUUGCCUCAUUUGGUGCAGAGGCCUGAAGAUUUUUUGGAAAAUUCAGAAGCCAGGGUUAAUCUCUAUAAGGAUACCAUGCUACAUCCUCUAGAGGAUAUGAUGGCCGAGCAAGAUUCUCAGUAUCUUAUUGAACUGGAUGGAAAUAAGCACCCUAAUGAGCUCUUUUCGUCAGUGAUAGCCCGGCUUCAAUCCAUGGGCCUUCGAAAUGGAGCUCUUAUAACCAGACUUCAAAACCCAGAAGAAGAGCUCUCAGAGGGGAUGGAAACUGAUGAACUUUUCCGGACUCUUUCAUCCCUCAAAAUAAUAGCACCUAGAUACCGAUGGCGUAGAAGCAGGUGGGGUCGAGCAUGUCCUGUAGCUUUAAAAGAGGGUAACAUUGUAAUGGGGCUUCCAGAUUUAGCUGUCAGUUUUCUAGGUAAAAUGUAUUUAUUUUCAUCUCAAGAAGCAUUGAGAGCAUUUAUGUUGAAUCCACGUCCCUAUCUGCUACCACCUAUGCCACUUCCUCCUUGUAAAGUAUUAGUAUUUGGACCUCCAUUAUCUGGAAAAACAACUCUUUGUAACUGGAUUGCAAAUAAAUAUAAAGGAAAGGUUCUUGAUAUGGACAAACUUAUUCAACCAUGUAUGGAAAAAGCAAAGGAAAAAAUCAUUGAGCAAGCUCGUAUUGCUGCAAUAGAUGUUGCUAUUACAAAAGUGAAAAAUAAGCUGGAAGUAGAAAAAAUGUUAAAAGAGCAAGCUGCAAUAGAUGCCCAAGAAACUGGUAGUUGCAAAGAAACAGAUGAAUAUGAAGAAAGUGAGACCACUAAGCCUGAGGAAGAAAGAAGCGUGGAAGAUCAGAGUAGAGUUACAAGAUCUGACACCAGCAAAGAAAAGACUGACAAUUCUUCAGAACAAGAAGGUGAAUCAUCAGUGGAUACUAAAGACACCACUGAGGAUACUUCCACGUCCAGAACCGAUGGAGAAGGAACCACAGAAGAACAAAAUGAAGAUACAUCAAGAAACACAUCAGAGUCAGAGGUAACUGCUGAUCACCCAGAAGUUCAAGCUUUGUUAGAAGAAGCUGUAAAGAUUGCAGCACAAUCUCCAAUAAUGCUACCAGCUGAAGUAUAUGCUGAAGUAUUAGAGGAAGCCAUUACAGAGCUCACUAAGAAGAACAAAGACAGGUUUCCUGGGGCUCCAGAAAAAGGAGGAUGGGUACUAGAUAACUAUCCUAUAACAUCAGAGCAUUGGUUAGCCUUGUCAGAAAAAGGCCUCUUACCUGACACUGUUGUCUGUCUGAAGAAUAUAGAAAAAAAUGGAAUAUUUUUACUACGCAGAUUGUACCUAACAAAUAAAGAUGAAAUUAAUUCUAAGAUUUUGGAAAGACUUACAGAUGAAGCAUUAAAAAAGCAAAAAGAGGAGGAAGAAACAAGGAGAGAACUGCAAGAGGUGCUGAAAUUAAAAGAAGAAAAUCAGCAACCUGUAGAGCCUGCUGAAGACAAAUAUGAAAAAUCAGGAGACAAACCUCCACUUGAAACAGAAGUAAUACCUCAUGUACAACCUGACUGCACCACAGGGGUUGUGGAGGCUAAACCUGAACCAGAAAUCAUGUUACCUGAGUUUCCAGAGGAUGGUUUCCCAGAUGUACCAGAAAUGGAGCCAUUUAAAGAGAAGAUUAAGCUAUUCAUGCACAACUGGCAAAUACUAGAGCCAGGAAUCAAUGAUUCAUCUUUAAUUCAGAUUGCUGAUUUAGAGAUUGCUGGGCAAACUCCAGAAACACUGCUUAAUCAAAUUGUCCUGGUGAUGGAAAAACCUUUUAAAUAUUAUGGCUGGGAAAUAUCUGCAGAAGAUCUAGAUGAAGAAGCAGAUGACUUGCAGGCAGAAGGGGAGGCUGAUGAAGAAUCAGAAGAGGAAGAGCAAGAAGAAAAUGAUGAAGAUGAAGAUAAAAUUAAUGAAAAGAAGAGACACAUGGGAGACACCAAACACUUUUGUCCAGUGAGUCUGAAGGAGAACUUUGUCCUUUUCCCAGGGAUUGCUGAAAAUGGAGCUAUAUAUAGAGAAAAAUUUUACUAUUUUUCAAGUCCUGAGUCCAGAGAAAAGUUUUUGGAGAACCCUGAGGAGUAUGUGGCUCACAAGGAACCAUUACAAGCUCCUCCCUUAAGAGUGUGCCUGCUGGGCACACAUGGAGCAGGUAAAACUACCUGUGGCCGAUGGCUAGCUGACAAAUUAGGAAUUUUCCAUAUUCAGUUUGAAGAACAUCUACAGGAAAUGAUCAUGCCCAAAACUCAAAAGAGAGUUGGACUUGAAUUUGACGAGGAACCUGAGGAAGAUCAAAUUGACAUGGAAACUCUCUUUCAGGAAUUGGGAAACACCUCUCAGACCAAUACAGAAACUGAAAGUGAAAGUGCACAUGAAAAUGAAAAUAACAAAAAUAAAGAGAUGAAGGAAGUGGUGUUAACUGAUGAGGAAGAAAUAAUCAAAGCGAACAUAGUAGAGAAUGAGGCAUUGACACCAGAAGUGCUUGAUAAAAUUGUUCCUGAGUGGUGGACAAAAGAGCCAAUCCGAUCCACAGGAUUUAUACUGGAUGGUUUCCCUCGUACAUUUGAGGAGGCCCAGUACUUAUCAGAACGAGGACUCUGCCCCGAUGUUGCAGUUUUUAUCCAAGUGGAAGAAAGUGACAUUUCUGAUCGUCUUCUUCCUCCACGUUUGGAAAAAUGGAGGGAUAGACAAAAUAAAAAAAUGGAAAAUAAGAAGAAGCUGAAAGACAUGAAAGAAAAAAUAAAGGAAGAGAAGGUUGCCAAAAGAAGGGCAGAACUUUUAGCAGAGCAAGCCAAAAAGAAAAGGGAGGCGGCAGCAUAUAGGGAAGAGGAGGAGGCUAGUGACGAAGAGGAUGAAGAUGAAGAAGAAGAUAUUGAAAUGAUUCUUGAAGAAGAGUUCCCAAAAGAGGAAGAGGUAGAUGAGGAGGAGGAAGAGGAGGAGGCUGAUGCUGCUGAACGCAUGAAAAAUGAAAUUACAGAAAAGUAUGAAACAGAUAGUAAUAAUUUACAAGCAGUACAGGAAGAACUUGAAAGGUUGCUGAUAUCACAAAUCACCAUCAAUGGAGGGCGAAAACCUCACAUUGUACGUUACCAACUGUAUAGCAAGUUGAAGCAUCUAGUAGAAAAUCGAGAAAGCAUUUUUGAGAAAUGUUACCCAAUAAGUUUGCCACUUGCACGCAAGAUGUUGGUUCUCUCUUAUAAACAUCCCAGUUCUUUUGGUCAAUGGGACCCAAUCAAGCUAAGUGAGGGAGAUGUAAUCAAGCCUUUCCAAAAUCAACAGACUCCAAGCUUGCCUGUAAUCCACCGACAAUAUAUUUAUUUUUUUUCAAGUAAAGAAAAUAAAGAAAAAUUUAUGAAAAAUCCCAUUAAAUUUAUCCGUCAGCCAAAAGCCAAGCCACCUGUGCCAGUUAAGAUAGCAAUUGUGGGACCUCCAAAAUCUGGAAAAACUACAGUUGCUAAGAAGUUUGCAAGUGUCUAUGGGUUAAUGCGCUUAUCUAUGGGAGAUGCUAUCCGAAUAGUGUUAAACAAUCAGCCAGAGAGCGAGCUGGCACUUAUGUUAAAGUGGCAUCUUCAAAAAGGAUUGACUGCACCUGAUGAACUAGCCGUCCAAGCUCUAGAAGUGGCUCUGAUGGAUCAUGUGUGCAGCACUGCUGGAGUUGUUAUUGAUGGGUAUCCUGUAACAACAAAACAAGUAAACAUCUUGGAAGCAAUGAGAAUAAUUCCAGUGAAAAUCUUUGAGUUACAAGUGGAUGCAAAGGAGCUUUUUAGAAGAGCACUAAUAGACAAGGAAAGCACUGACAGUCCACCUUAUCCUAUACAUGACAGCUCACAGAUUCUAGCUAUUCAGAACUCCUGCUAUAAAAAGCAAAUUGAUGCUAUUAGGACUUACUACGAGAAGGAACAUCAGAACUGGUGUGUGGUUGAUGCAUUCCGCAGCAAGUGGUGGAUCUGGAACAAAAUAUUUGAGGAAGUUCAGGUGAUCAUUAAAAAGAUCCAAACAUAUCUGGAAACAAUCAGAGAAGGAAAAGCAGCCAGUAUUGCUGAUUUAUGUAUCACACCACAAGAGCUGCAGUCUCGGCUGGGAGAAUUUGGACAAUACUGUCCUGUCAGCAUCGCAGAAAAGGGUGAACUGGUUGACUGCUCUGUAACCUCAUCAUUGCAGUUUGCAGCAGAGUUUCGAGGACACUAUUACAAAAUGGCUUCGCAGGAGGAAUUGAAUAGAUUCUUGAAUGCACCAGAGUUGUAUGUGCCACCAUUAGCACCUCAUCCUCUUCCCUCACCAGAUAUGCUACCAAAGAAACUGACAAUGGCAGAAGUAAAGGCCUUAUUCCCUAAAAAGGCUGAAAUGCAAGGAUACUGUCCAGUCACUUACCUAGAUGGAAAACAAAGAUACGAAGCCUUGGUACCUGGCACCAUUGAAUAUGCUGUGGAAUAUCGAGAUAAGCUAUAUAUUUUUGAAAGUGAAGAAAAACUCCAUAAAUUUAUGAGGUUACCAGAAAAGUACUGGAAUCAGAAGCUUCCACAUAAACUCCCUCCAAUAAAGGAACCAGUUCUACUUACUGCUCUUCCCCUGACUGGAUACCUUGAACAGGGGAUAGCAACUGCUCUAAUAAAAGCUAUGAAUGAAGUGGGCUGCUUAAAGCCAAAGUUUCCAUUCUUAAGUGUAAAAAAAACUGCUCUGCUGUUUGUGGCCUAUCAUUUAAAAGCUUACAACCCCAGGAGCUCAGAAUAUGUACGAAAGAAGUACAAGAGGAAACUGGAGCAGUUCAUAGAUCACUGUGACCUCAUCCCCUACUUGGGUACCAAAAUGACCCGUAAAUACAAAGAACCUCAAAAUAGACCUAUUGACUUUGAUCACAAAUUACGGAUGUUUUUGUCUCUUAAAGAUGUGGAUCCAACCUCUGGUUAGUUUGAAAUGUGCAACAAUGAAAUAAUUGGGCAUUUUCAUUGAACUACUGAAUUCUGACUAGCUUGGUGAAUUUACUUAUUUUGUACUUCAACUGGUCAUAAAUGUUUAGCCAUAAAAGUAAUUGUGUUAACAAAGAAUGUUAUACUUUUAUGAAUAGAUAAGACUCUGAUAGGUAGAAUUUAGUUAUGAUUGGCUGGCAUAGAUUUGAUGUAGUUUAUUGAAAAAAAACAUAUUUAGUUUAAUAUAUCAUAUGCAAUAUAUUUUAGAAAUGUUUAUUAUCUUGAAGAGUAGGGAAUAUUUUGAUCAGCACUGAAAGAAAAUUAUUAAAUAUUCUGAAAACUUCACUGAAUUUUACAAUUUAGUUUUUCACAAUCAUUUUUCUGUCUCUCAGUAUGUCAGCAUUAUCAGUACAAUAAAUGCACUCUUUUAUUAGAUGUAAUGGAACAAGCUUAAACUUACUUUCACACCGUUGUAC